CCUGCACUCAGCAUGUGCUCAGAGUUAACACUCCCAGGUUAAGCCUGAGCCAAGACUGGAGGGAGGGAACCAGGAAGGGAGGAGUGCUUACCCAGCAACCCAUGGCAACGCCACAACACAGGCAAGGGGCUCUUUCACUCCCACAUGCCAGUCAGGCCAGCCAGGCAAGGGCUGUGAGAGCUCAGAGGCCAAAGUCCGCAGGUGACUCAGGGUGCCUGCGGGAGUUUCGGGAGUUUCGGGAGAAGAGGGCAGCCAUCUCAGAACUGAUUUUGGAGGUAGGGCCAGAGGCCAAAAGCAGAGGGUGGAAGGAACUUCCCGAGUUGGCUUCCCCCAGCCUCAGCCAGUUAUGGGGAGAUUUUUGUGCCAGCAUUCUAGAAGCAGGUAGGGGUAAAAAAUUUCGGGAUUCAAUACCCACAGGGCUGGAAGGGCCUGUGGGGUUGGAGUUGGGUCCAUCUGUCUUAGGGGUUUAGGGGUUUGAGGCAACGUUGUGUAGGCUGAGGCAAAGGGCAGAUACAUCUCUCCCUUCUCCUGCUGGCAGUCGGGUGGAAGGGAGAAAAGGAGCCCAUUUAGCUAGCCUCCAAAGUGCUCAGGUGAAAGUAGAGCUCAGGGGGCAGGGACUAGCCCAAGACGAAAGCCUGGGCAUUUCUUCUCUUAUGUCUGGUAUAGCCCUUAACCCUCUUAGCACCUAGGAAUCCACACUGCCUGGGACUAUUUGAUUCAUCUGUCUCAGAAACACAGCCAGCAGGUCCAUGGCUGGCAGGCCUCUGCCCACCGGAUGCCAGGAAGAGGAGGCUGCCAAAGACCCGGGGCUGAAACUAUCACCAUUGCGGCUUCCAGGACGGCUGUCCAGCAUUGAUGAGGCCAGACCAGCAGGUCCGGGCCCAGCUUCCCGCCGUGGCUCAGUACUGGGCUUGGCCUCAUCCUUUUCCCGCCGCAACUCACUGGCCGGAUCAGGUGUGAGUCCUGGGGGUCGGCGAGCAUCCCUGGGCCCAGUGCCCCCUUUAGGCUCGCGGGCCAGCUUCUUGGGGUUGCCCUUGGUGCCCAGCCGGAGGAUGGCGCCCUCGUAUCGCACAGAGCCGGCACCAGGGGAGCGCUGGGAGGCCUCACAAGCGCAGCGUGCCCUGGAGGAGGCACUGGCCUCAGGGCUGCAGGACACUUGCUACUCUGGCAUGGAGGCGGGGCCCCUGGCACGAGAGCUGUGCAAGCUAGUGCAUGUGCGCCUGCGUGGACUCAGCCCGCCGCGCUACAAGCUGGUGUGCAGCGUUGUGCUGGGGCCACGCACUGGCCAGGGUGUGCAUGUGGUCAGCCGUGCGCUUUGGGACGAGGCGCGCGAUGGCCUGGCCUCUGCCACCUUCACCAACGCCUCACUUUUCGCAGUGGCCAUGGUCCACGGGCUCUACUGUGAGUGAAGAAGCCUCCAAGUUCUGCAAAAUGGUUUAUUAUUC